AAAAGUUAGUUCGAUCAAGUUGAAUUGUCUUGCAUGUAGUCAUGGGAACGUGUCACUAACUUUCCGUGUUUGUUUGUAUCGUGGCGGAUAGCUGACACAAAUCACAGCUUUUAACUUGCCACGUAUUACAACAGUCCGAUCGCAGCUGUUGAAUAAUGUUGACGCGUUGACGUUUCCGAAAUCAGCUUUUUACACGAGAGUAUAAAUGGAUCGAAAAUAUCCAAGGGUUCAGAUGGGAGCGGGUACUUUUCACCAUCCCCCGAAAGCAAAAUACAGCGAAGAAACGAAAAACUUGAUUAAACUUUUAAUGGAAGAAUCUAAGGUAACUAUGUUGCGAAGAAAACUUAUUCAGGACGCAGUCGAUAGAGGUGAAUCUUUGCCUCUUCCCGUUGAAAGAUCAAAUAGAGGAGUGAAUAAACAGGAUUUCGAAUGCAAGGUUUUAAUGCCUUCUGUUUGGAAAAAAAGGACGCAAGAUGUGAUUAUUAAAAGUGGAGCAUACGAGAGAGAACAGUACAUCAGAACAGCUCCUUUGCCAAACAAGGAAAAGCAGAAGCGGCAGUUGGCGUGUAUCAUGGCUUACGGGAAAGACAUGCCGGAAACUUCUCGCGAAUCGAAGGUUUUUCACAGAGUGAAAAGGGAACCAUGUCCUCAGAAUAUUGAUCCAAUUGACGAUUUGGUUCGAGGUAUACAAGAAAGAAUGGAAUUUUUAAGUGACAUGGAAUGCCUUGGAAUGGGAAAGAAAUAUCGAUCAAUUAUACACCAAGAGAUAGCACAUAAAAUACGGUUAAUCGAAUCCAUAGACAAACAAAAGUCGAAAGAAAUUCGAAGAGAAAUAAGAGAGCUCGGGAAACCAUUGCCGAAACCACUGCCUUUAGGAGACCUGGAUAACAGUUAAUCAUUGUUUUACGUAAUAUUUUGUAUUACGUACAUAUCGAGUGUAAUAAAAUACUUAAACGGAUCACGAGUCCUAUUAAAUACUUUCAUAAAG